AGUAUUUCCGGUGGGGGGUGCGCACGAGCUUCCAGCAGCAGACUGGCGGAGUGCUGAGUCUAAUAGUCUCUUUGGCGUCUACAUUGGUAGAAACCGGCCGCUACCUUGGGUCGGAUUGAAAACAUUCCUCCCUGGGUUGGGACGCUUUAUAUCGGUCAAAGGUGUGACCUGAACAUUCAGGGUUUGCGUGGAGACUUACGCAGCCCAACAACGACGUCGCUCAAAUCUCACUAUAGUGAAAAAUCCCAAACCCACGAUGGACCAGAGAGACACUGCCCCUGAUUCCUGGGAACAAGAGGACGAUGUGGAGGCCACAAUCGACGGACAACUUGAAUCCGCUUUCACAACGUUGAAUGUGAACGCAAAGCCCUUUGUUCCCAAUGUGAAUGCCGCUGAAUUUGUCCCUGCGUUUGCCGUGAAAGCACACUCGGAAAAUGUCGACUCUGUGGUUGCUGCUGAAAAAAUAGCGAACAUGGAGGUGGCAGAAAGUGCUGCUCCCAUGGAGAACGGCGACACAGAAAUGACCUCAGAGGAGCCAUGGGACCAGAAAGAAGCUGCUAACGAGGAGGAGCCAGGAGGUGGCUGCUGUGGCGACCAUGGCCCAGUGGUAGUAGCGACAACUGAGGAGACGGGGUCAGAGAUGAUGGAGGAGGAAGAGGAAACGCCCAUUCCCAAAGUUCCACCUACGCAGUCGGAUGCACCUAAGAAGGAACACAUCAAUGUUGUGUUCAUCGGGCAUGUAGAUGCUGGAAAGUCUACUAUUGGUGGGCAAAUCAUGUAUCUGACAGGUAUGGUAGAUAAGAGAACCUUGGAGAAGUAUGAAAGAGAAGCAAAGGAGAAGAACAGAGAAACCUGGUAUUUGUCUUGGGCCUUGGAUACCAAUCAAGAGGAGAGGGACAAAGGCAAGACUGUGGAAGUGGGCCGAGCAUACUUUGAGACAGACAAAAAGCACUUUACAAUCUUGGACGCACCGGGCCACAAGAGCUUUGUGCCCAACAUGAUUGGAGGUGCAUCACAAGCUGACCUGGCUGUGCUGGUGAUCUCUGCCAGGAAAGGUGAAUUUGAAACGGGCUUUGAAAAGGGUGGACAAACGCGGGAGCACGCCAUGUUGGCCAAAACAGCAGGUGUCAAGCACCUGAUUGUUCUGGUGAAUAAAAUGGAUGACCCCACAGUCAACUGGAGCCUGGAGAGAUAUGAAGAGUGUAAGGAGAAAUUAGUGCCAUUUUUGAAGAAGGUGGGCUUCAACCCAAAGAAAGACAUUCAUUUCAUGCCAUGUUCUGGCUUGACGGGGGCCAACCUGAAGGAACCCACUGACAUGUGCUCCUGGUACACAGGUCUACCAUUCAUUCCACACUUGGACAAUUUGCCAAGUUUUAACAGAUCAAGCGAUGGCCCUAUCAGAUUGCCCAUUGUUGACAAAUACAAGGACAUGGGCACAGUGAUUCUCGGCAAACUUGAGUCGGGCUCCAUCAGUAAAGCGCAACAGCUGGUCAUGAUGCCAAAUAGGCAUGUAGUGGAGGUGUUGAGCCUCUUGUCAGACGACGUGGAGACGGACGAUGCUGGACCAGGAGAAAAUCUCAAGUUGAGGUUGAAGGGAAUUGAGGAAGAGGAGAUCCUUCCUGGGUUCAUCCUGUGUAAUGCGGAGAACCUCUGCCACUCUGGACGCACCUUUGAUGCCCAGAUUGUCAUCAUCGAACAUAAAUCUAUCAUCUGUCCUGGUUAUAAUGCUGUUCUUCACAUUCACACGUGCAUUGAAGAGGUGCAGAUUACGGCCUUAAUUUGUCUGGUAGACAAAAAGACAGGAGACAAGAGUAAGACACGGCCGCGAUUUGUUAAGCAAGAUCAGGUCUGCAUUGCACGUCUGCGCACGGCAGGAACCAUUUGCCUCGAGACCUUUAAAGACUUUCCACAGAUGGGACGGUUUACCUUACGGGAUGAAGGCAAAACCAUUGCCAUCGGUAAGGUUCUGAAGCUGGUCGCUGAACGGGACUGAAGAUGCUGUUGCAGGAAAAUCCCAGGUCAGACGGAAGGGGUGGAGCUCAGUCAUAACCCGCUCAGUGUCAUCAGCGGCAAAGGCACCUCCCUCUGACAGCCACCUUCCUCUGCCCAAGAUCAGCUUGAGAAAAACAAACUUAUACAAUAAAGCAAAGUUUGUUUUAAGUAGAUGAAAUCCAAGAUGAAGUCCACACAAGUCAGCUUUCUCAUAUUGAGAGCUCAGCUAUGCCAUUUCAGGGUUUGCCCGCCCUCCACCUUUCCCACCUCCCAAGUCUGGUCUAUUCAUGAUGACUUUGAUUUUUUUUUUUUCAUGUAUUUUCUUGCUUUAUAAAUGAUCUUGACAAAUGACAAAAAAAUACCUGAACCGAUGUGGACCACCAUUUUUGCUUGGAUGAUGACAUGAUUUCAGAAAUACAUUGCAAAAAGAAAUAGUUUGAAAAAAUUCCACAAAUUGAAACCAAAAUGUUUAUCAUUGGUAUACAUGUCUCACUUUGCUUUUCGGUUUUUGCUUUCUCGUUGCGUUCUGGCUGUCUGCUUGAGCGUGUCUAAAUGAUAUAAAGCAAACAACUAUAACAAU